AUGGCAGAGCAAAACAACGUGGUAACAACACAGAGCAAAACAAUGCCGAAGGAGCAAAACAAGGUUUUUAAAGAUUCGGUCCAUGGGACCAUAGAGCUGCAUCCACUCCUUGUCAAGAUCAUUGACACGCCUCAGUUCCAACGACUUCGAAACAUCAAGCAGCUUGGAGCUGUAUCUUAUGUUUACCCUGGGGCAACCCACAGCCGCUUCGAACACAGCAUUGGGGUGGCUUACCUGGCUGGAGAACUUCUAAAGGCUAUCAGAGAGAAGCAGCAGGAUCUUGGGAUUACUGACUGGGACGUCCUUUGUGUGCAAAUUGCUGCACUUUGCCAUGACCUGGGACAUGGACCGUUUUCCCACAUGUUUGAUCUAAUGUUUAUACCCGAAGCAAGACGAUUAAAGCAUGAGGAACUAUCUAAAAAGAUGAUUGACCAUCUGAUGGAAAAGAAUGAUGGCUUACUAAAAUAUAUGAAGGAUGUGCGAAAGAAAAUGACUGGCGAGGAUAGAGGAGAUUCUGACAAAACAGAAGAGCUUAAAAAUAUUCUAAAAGAAGAUCUGGAUUUCAUCAAGAAUCUCAUAGACCCAAAACAUAAGAGGCCACCCUCAAAUCCUUCAGAAAAGCGCUACAUCCUCUACGAAAUUGUGUCCAACGAGAGGAACAAGAUUGAUGUAGAUAAGUGGGAUUAUUUUGCCAGAGACUGCCAUUACCUGGGUAUGAAGAACAGCUUUGACCAUGAGCGUUUGAUUAAAUCUGCUAGGGCGUGUGAGGUGGAUGGAGAGUGGCAGAUCUGUUACAGAGACAAGGAGGUGUUCAAUCUGUAUGACAUGUUCUACACAAGGUUCUCUUUACACAAAAGAGCCUACCAGCACAAAGUGAAAAACAGCAUAGAGUGGAUGAUCACAGACGCUUUCCUGGAAGCGGAUAAGCACCUGUCCCUGUCUAAAGCUAUAAAUAAUAUGGAAAAGUACACUCAGCUGACAGAUGAUGUAUUUGAAAAGAUACUAAACGACUCUUCAGGCAAACUUGAUGAUGCAAAGGCCAUACUACUGAGAAUACAUCGCAGAGACAUCUACAGCUGUCUGGGAGAAUUAAUCUCUCAGAAAUCCAAAGAAGAACUUCAAGUAAGCAUUUCAGUUGCUGGACAGCUGAUGUGGGUUGUACAUGAUAGUUCAAAUGUUGACAACUCAGCAGGUCUUUGUUUUUCUAAUCCUAGUUUUACUCUUACACAGUAAGGUUGAAUUUGCAGG